UCGAGGGCUGACUUUGACUUGGGCAAUAUUGUACUACUUAAAUGACUCAUAUCCCAAUCUGCCUACGAGAAUUUCAUUGUAGAUACGUAUAUAACAGACUUCCUAUUGCUUCAGACGGGCGUGCUGUCGAAACACUCGCCGUCACGUAUGAUAUAAAAGAGAAUAUCGGUGAAAAAAACAGGUCACCCAAAAUACCUACAGGAAAUCUCGCGAGGUAGUGUUGCCGAAUAUAUACCUGGCCAGAAUGGUAUGAGAGGAAGAGAAGUGGUAAAUGAGGCUAUGUGGAACCGUAAAGCCUCUUCGACAUCCGAGAGGGAAAGAACUCAUGAGGUUACAUAUGCGAACCACGCUGUUAAAACUUCUGUCGCUCCUACUGCUAAUGUUGGUGGUGACUAUAACACUCCAGAUGAAGAAACAGAAGGCGACACUACGAGAAAGUAACCAAAUCUCCCCAGCCCGCCACCCCCCCCAUGCAGAUGAUGUUAACAAUGAUACGUGGUGGAGGCGCCUCUUGUGUCGAAAUGUUCACUACACGAAGGACGCCGUGAUUCUGCCCUUCCUCAACAGGGACGUGAAGCCAUCCAAAGACCGCCUCAACGUCUUCCUAACGGAGAUGUCCUGCUCGCCACGCCCUCUAUACCGCUCGUGGUGCGCCCUGGAGAGCUGGGCCCUGCAGAACCGAAGAGCGUCCGUAUGGCUGGUGAUGCUGGGGAAGGCCGUGGACCCGAGUGACGGCCUGCUGCUUGCCCUGUCCGAAGCCUACCCGAACCUGCGUCUCGUCACCAUGGAUCUUGACUGGCUGUUCUCGAGUCUCCCCACACAUCGCCUCUUUUCCUCCGGGCAGUGGGCGGGGUCCACGUGGCCUGGCAAAAGCCUCAGCAACAUGGUUCGUCUGGCCUUGGUGUGGCGCUUCGGGGGCUUUUACACCGACUUCGACACCGUCUGUCUGCGGGACGUCCAGGGUCUGAGCAACGUGGUGGGCAGCCAAAGCUCUGAGAUCGUCAACAACGCUGUUUUCCACUUCGAACAUCAUCACCCAUUCGUUCAAGACAAUAUGGAGCAGCAGAAUAAAAACUUCGAUGGGGCGUCCUUCAAUGUGAAUGGCGUCAACAUCAUGUCCGAGGCAGCAAAGACGGCUUGCAACACCUCUGACUUUGAGGAUCUUGUAAGGAAGCGCGAGGGGCUGUGUCGAGGCUUCAGGGUCUUGCCAGAGUCAGCCUUUUACCCUGUGGCUUGGGAUAGCUGGAGGGACAUCUUUCGUCCCGGUGCUGGCCCAAACCUCCUCAAGAGGCUGAACGGUAGCUAUGUCCUGCACGCCUGGAAUGUGUUCAGCGCCCUCUCCCCCAUCAGGAUCGGGAUGGGAACACUCUACGACCUGGUCUCGUCAGCUUACUGCCCCGUCACGAAGCGGCACCUGUUGGAGGCAGGGAGGGUGUGGGGUCCCUUCUGA